UGUCAAGGCAACAGCACAGAUUUGAUUUCAUAGUGCGAAAUGGGGCUCCCAAAGUUUGAGAUGGAGUGAAAUUUGCAUUUAAAUGACAAGAAAGUGACCCAGCGAGCAGCUGUGGGAUAAAUAAACUCUUUGUAACUGGAUUAUAACUGGAGUGUCGGUUCCCAAUUUCGCUGUUUUUCCAAAAAAUGGCGGAAAAUGAGGAGGAUGGAGACCAGUGUAUAUAUCCUGCUAUUACAAAUGAUAUUCGUUCCCGUCUGCAGCACUUUGUGGAGGAGAGGAUGCAGACCACCAUGGUACAGAAACUCACUGCUAUGUUCCCAGAAUUACUCUGAAAGCAUCUCUUCCCACAUCAGUUUCCCAUGCAGCUUUCUAAGCAGGGGGGAAAGACUUCGGACUGACCCAGAUCAAAUAUCACACAUUAUGUUAAAUGUUACAGAGCUGACAGGUGUAUUGAUUGGUGCGGUGGUGGCUGUGUUUCUGAUAGGAAUCUCUGUGCUUCUCAUCUACCGCAGAUACAAACUAGCGAGUCAGCAGGCCGGUGUCCCUCGGUAUCGCUUCAGGAAGAGAGAUAAAGUGCUCUUCUAUGGCAGGAAAAUCAUGAGAAAGGUCCAGACCUUGUCCUCCACACCUUCCUCCACUUCAAUGUCUAAACAGCGCUCUCGAAAGAGGCCUAAAGUUCUGAGUAUAGCUCGCAGGAUCCUGCGGAUUAGGAAGGAGCCUCCCACCUUACAGCCCAAAGAGCCCCCUCCCUCACUCCUGGAGGCGGAUCUCACAGAGUUUGAUGUCCAGAACUCAAACCUGCCCUUAGAGGUGCUCUACAUGCUCAAGAAUGUCAGGGUACUGGGUCAUUUUGAGAAGCCCUUGUUUCUGGAGCUGUGUAGGCACAUGGUCUUUGUGGAGCUGCAGGAAGGAGAGGGGUUGUUUAGGCCGGGAGAUGACGAUGACAGCAUCUUUGUCGUUCAGGACGGAAGAUUGGAGCUUUGGAUCCACGAGCCUGAUGGCACAGAGCCUGUGGUGAAGGACGUGUUGCCCGGGGACAGUGUUCACAGUCUGCUUAGCAUUCUGGACAUAAUCACAGGUUAUCCUGCUCCUUACAAGACCGUGUCAGCACGUGCAGCUGUCAGGUCCACCAUAUUGCGUCUGCCUGCCUCAGCUUUCCAGUCUGUGUUUGAGAAAUACCCAGAGACACUAGUGAGAGUCAUACAGAUAAUCAUGGUGCGUCUGCAGAGAGUCACCUUCCUGGCACUUCACAACUACCUGGGACUGACAACUGAGCUUUUCAAUCAGGACAGACAAGCAGUGCCGCUGUUCACAGUCAACAGUGUGCUCGCCGAGGGGAGUCCCAUUAGAGUCCCGCGCAGACCCCACUUUCAGACAACAUCAGAAGACGAGCCCCUGCACAGCUCUGGAGAGCACUUUACAGACUCGGACGGAGGCCAAGCUGGUUCAUAUGAAAGCGCAUCGUCAGUUGCGCGGAGGUCUCGUUCUGUCUCGAUGCCUGUAGAGAGCACAGGGGUGGCAGGAAACGACCUGAACAUGGCUUGCGAACGGGCCCGAGUCACCAUAGAUGAACCUCCAUCCAGUCCUGUCAUUUACAAGUCCAUUCUGAAGAAGAGUGUGACCAUGCAGCAUGCUCCAUCCGCUGUGAUUCAUUACACGGACAAUGCACCACGCUCUGACGUGCCCCCCAGUAAAGUAGGAGCCAUAUUCCAGGCCGCCAAGAAAGACCUGCUGGGUAUUUUUCAGCUGCAGGACCCCAGUUUGCUGGAGGGCAGGGUGACACUGCAUCAGGUUAAGGCUGGAUCUAUUGUAGCUCGCCAAGGAGAUCAGGAAGUGAGUGUGCAGUUUGUGAUCUCAGGCACGCUCCAUGUGUACCAGCGGAUGAUCGACAGAGAGGAGGACACGUGUCUGUUCGUGGCUCACCCAGGAGAGCUGGUGGGUCAGCUGGCCGUGCUGACGGGCGAGCCACUCAUCUUCACUGUGCGGGCACAUCGUGACUGCAGCUUCCUGUCCAUGUCUAAAACACAUUUCUAUGAGAUCAUGCGAGCUGAACCCACAGUGGUGCUGAAUGUUGCUCAUACUGUCGUAAGAAGGAUGUCAUCUUUCGUCAGACAGAUUGACUUUGCCCUUGACUGGAUGGCUGUGGAGGCGGGCAGAGCUGUCUACAGGCAGGGUGAUACGUCUGACAGUACUUUUAUAGUGCUCAGUGGCCGCCUGCGUUCCGUCAUCAGGAAGGAGGAUGGGAAAAAGGAGCUGACGGGAGAGUAUGGCAGAGGGGAUCUCAUUGGAGUGGUGGAAGCUCUGACCCAUCAGAACAGAGCGACUACUGUUCAUGCUGUUCGAGACUCAGAACUGGCUAAACUACCUGAGGGAGCUCUCAAUUCCAUUAAGAGGAAAUUCCCACAAGUAGUCACAAGGCUAAUUCACCUGCUCGGACAGAAGAUCCUCCAGCAGGUUAAUGGACCUUUGUCAGCUCGCAGUCUGGCUCUGCACACUCCCGGAAGUAAAUGGGAUGCAGGGAACCCUGCCUCAAACCUUUCCACCAUCACUGUGCUACCAGUAUCGGAAGAGGUCCCUCUGACUGCGUUCACCCUAGAACUUCAGCAUGCACUUCUGGCAAUCGGUCCUACUCUUCUUUUGACUAGUGACAGCAUCAAACAGCGCCUUGGAUCUGCUGCAUUAGACAGUGUGCAUGAAUACAGGUUGUCGAGUUGGCUGGGUCAGCAGGAAGACAUCCAUCGCAUAGUCCUGUACCAGACAGAUGUGUCACUCACCCCCUGGACUCAACGCUGCAUCAGACAGGCAGAUUGUAUUAUCAUCGUUGGACUGGGAGAGCAGGACCCAGCUGUUGGAGAGCUGGAGCGUAUGUUAGAAGUAAGUGCGGUGAGGGCGCAGAAACAGCUGGUGUUGUUGCACCGCGAGGACGGCCCUCCACCCAAAGGAACAGCCGAAUGGCUGAACAUGCGGAGUUGGAUCUCCAGACACCUUCACCUGUCCUGCCCCCGCAGGGUCUUUUCCAAGAGGAGCCUGCCAAAACUGAGAGAGAUGUAUCAGCGUGUGUUCCUGAAACCUGCUGACCGUCACUCUGAUUUUUCUCGCUUGGCCCGCGUACUGACAGGCAACGCCAUUGCACUGGUACUGGGGGGAGGAGGAGCAAGGGGUUGCUCUCAGGUGGGCAUCAUUCGUGCAUUAAGUGAGGCGGGAAUCCCCAUUGAUCUGGUGGGUGGCACCUCAAUUGGUUCCAUGAUGGGCGCUCUGUAUGCAGAGGACCGCAGUUAUAGCAGGAUGAAGAUCAGAGCCAGAGAGUGGGCCAUGGAAAUGACAUCAGUGUUUAAGAAAGUGCUGGACUUGACCUACCCUGUCACCUCUAUGUUCUCCGGAGCUGCAUUCAACUCUAGCAUUAAUGCUGUCUUUAAGGACAAGCAGAUAGAGGACCUCUGGAUCCCAUAUUUCAACAUCACCACAGACAUCACCGCCUCCACGAUGAGAGUGCACACUGAUGGCUCUCUGUGGAGGUAUGUGCGAUCCAGCAUGUCUCUUUCUGGUUACCUGCCACCACUGUGUGAUCCAAAAGAUGGACACCUGCUCAUGGAUGGAGGCUACAUCAACAACCUGCCAGCGGACGUGGCACGCUCCAUGGGCGCCAAGGUGGUGAUUGCAAUCGAUGUGGGCAGCCAAGAUGAAACCAACCUCACCAACUAUGGGGAUGCCCUCUCCGGAUGGUGGCUGCUAUGGAAACGGUUCAACCCACUGGCUGAGAAAGUCAAGGUGCUGAACAUGACUGAGAUCCAGGCCCGGCUGGCUUACGUAUGCUCUGUGAGACAGCUUGAGUCAGUUAAAAGCAGCGACUACUGUGAAUAUAUCAGACCUCCCAUCGACAGAUACCGCACGCUCGAGUUCGGCAAGUUUGAUGAGAUCAGCGAAGUGGGCUACCAUCAUGGGAAGACAGUGUUUGAUGUGUGGUGCAGGAGUGGAGUGGUUGAAAAGAUGAUGAAGGACAGACAUCAAGAGGAAUUCCACAAAACUCAAAGCAAUAAUGUGGUGACCUGUCCAAAUGCCUCCUUCACUGAUCUGGCUGAGAUUGUCUCUCGCAUUGAACCAGUUAAAACAGCUCAUAUGGAUGAUGAAUCAGACUAUCAAACCGACUAUGAAGAGGAGAUGGCAGAGAGCGCUCUAUCAGACAUGGAGAUUUACAACCAACACAGUGAACAUACAGAAGAGGAACUGACCGCAGACACUGAUGAAGAAUUUGAGAGGGCUCGCAGACAGCCUGUGCAUUCUGACCCAGAGAAUGUGGGACCUGUGUCAAUCAAAACACUGCAAAACUCCAGCUCCGGCAGUCCUCCAUGCCAGGAAAGUACACGGAUAAGCACUCCUCCAUCCUGACCCCUGAUCCCUCCUGCCCCAGAGAUACCAGCCUUGCAGGGUACAAACCCUUGACACUCCCAAGAUUUGGGCUUCAGACCUUAGCGCACCAUUCCAAUCACAUUCCAACCAAGCCCUUCCUGGCCUUGAAGAGCAGAAAGUGGGCAGUUUGUGUAAUAAUUGCCUUUCCCCAAAAAAUCCAAAGAAGACAUCUGACUAACACACAACUGACAGCUGGGUAACAUGGCAUGUAACUUAAUGUCCAACUGUAUCAUGCUGACUGGGUACAUUUUUGAUUGCAAAGUUCCAAAUUUGUUCAGUCUCAAAUUAAUUAUACAUUUAGUCAGUCGAGGAGGGAUUUACAUGAGUAAGACAAUCAACUACAAUGUUGUAUUUACAAAUGGUUAGAUUGGAUUGCUUGUACUCUAGAGUCUUUCUACUGUCAUCGAAAGAAGCAAAAAAGAGAGUGAAAUGUUGAGAGAUCACAAAGGCAAUGAGUUUCUUGUAGAGUUCUCUCUUUAUAAGCUCUUUUGACAGAUGUUUUUUGUUUUGUUUUGCUUUAAACUCUGACAAGCUGAUAUGUCCCACAUUUGCUGGUGUACAACAUGACUGUUGUAUUUAGAUCAGAGAUGCCGUACUGAAGGAUACUUGAUCUGAUAUGGACUUUAGACAGAUCUAACCUAACCAGCGUCGGAUAUCUUACCAAAUGUGUCUGUUAAAUUACUCUUACCUUUAACAGCAAUGAUCAAAAACAUACAAAUCAUAAACACAAGCCUAUCAAUGCAAUAUUUUAUAAAUGUAAUGUUUUUUUUGUUUUUUUUUUGUGAAUAUUUGCUGUACAUGCUCAAUGUAGUGCCUUUUUAACCCCGAUACUAGCCAUACAAGAGAAUGGUAGUACAAUAAUGGGUUGUAACAGGGUUCGGGAAAGGAGGCGGCGGGAACCGGAUCAACACUCAACAAGACUUUAAUUAUAACAUCAAACUGGAACAUAAUAACAGACGUCGACCACGAAUACACACAGCUCCGUGUGUGUCUCUCUCUCUCUCUCUGGCAUCCCCGGCUCCUCCUCCUCAUCUCUUUCCCGCUGAUUGGGCUACUCAGCACCAGGCGUGCACCCUCACCUGUCACAUGGGUCCAAAUAUAUUAACAAUGUAAUACUGCCAGUAUUGAUUCAUUUGCAAAUACGCGUAUGUUUCGCACAUCUAAGUUUCGUUUGAGCACCAGUCUGAAUGUAGUCUUUAAUUAUAUACAGCCAUUACUUACAUUGACUGACAUAGUGGAUGUGAAGAUGAGUGGUUACGCUGCUGUUAUAAUAAUUUUGAAACAAUCUUUAUGCGAUGUGCCAAUAGUUUUGCAUGAAAUUGGAACACUGUGCUAAAAAAGCUACAGACUAAGCGUUAAAGGCAUAGUUCACCCAAAAAUGAAAAUUCUGUUGUCAUUUACUCACCCUUACUUUGUUCCAAACCUGGAAGACUUUCUUACAUGGAACACAAAAGGAGAUGUUGGUCAGAAUGUUAGCAUCAGCCACCAAUCGCUUUCAUUGUAUGGAAAAAAAGAUGCAAUGAAAGUUAAUGGUUACCGAGACUAACAUUCUUUCUAUUCUUAUGGGUUUGGAGUGAGUAAAUGAUGACGUAUCCCUUUAAUGUUUUGACCGUCAGCAGUGGUCUAUGUGAAUGGUUGAGGUCAGUUCAAUUACAAAGGUAAUGAAACUGGACAAGUUGGACAUUAGAGCAACCAAACAGGAAUAUGCAUUUGUUUUCCAAUUACAUGAGUUGCAACUUUGAAAACUUCAUAAAAUGUCAACCACUAAUAAAGUGCAUUUUGCUCUCUU